AUGGCUAGCGUAUCACAAACCUACACUCCUCAUCAGCUCAUUGCUCGGACUGAGAAGGAUGCCCUGAUCAAGGAAUUCGUUGGAAAGGGACUGAACGAGCUUCGUACGCCUGCUUUGGUCAUUGACCGCGGCGUCUUCGCCUCCAACUGUGCACGCAUGCACGAGAAGGCGCGUGAAUGGGGUGCUGGAUUCCGCGCGCACCUGAAGACCCACAAGACUGCCGAGGGAACUCGCUUACAACUGACCUCUAGCGCGGAUGCUACCCAUGCUGUGGUCGUCUCCACUCUAAUGGAAGCGUGGCAGGUUGUGAACGCGGGCCUAGUCUCUGAGGGUAUUGUGAAGGAUAUCUUGUACGGGCUGCCUAUGGCCAUCAACAAGAUCGCCGACCUGUCUGCUCUCUGGGAAGCGAUCUCCACGCAUGGCGCCAUCGUCCGUCUCAUGAUCGAUAACCUCGCGCAGGUCGAAGCGCUGGAGGCCUUUGAGUCAGCGCGGUUGAAUAAACGAAAGUGGUCUGUUUUUAUCAAGUGCGAUGGCGGGCAAAGUCGCGCGGGUGUUAUUCCUGGCUCACGGGACUUUGAAAGCCUCGUCAAGGGUGUUCUCGCCUCUCCGGCGACAGAGAUCUUUGGUUUCUACGCGCAUGCUGGUAAUGCAUAUGCGUCCACGUCAUCUGACGAGGCCGCACAGUUCCUGUCGUCCGAGGUCGAGACUGUGAACAAAGCGGCUGAACUGGCGAAGAACCUGCUUACUGACGAACAGCCGCCAUUCGUGCUCUCUGUCGGCUCGACUCCUACGGCUCACGCUGCAUCGGCUGAGACCAGACACAGACUCCGGGAGUUGUUGCAUGGCACUCUCGAGCUUCAUGCAGGCAACUACCCUAUGCUUGACUUACAGCAGUUGAGCACACAUCUCAUCCAGCGAGAGCAGAUUGCUCAGAAGCUUCUGGCUACUGUCAUCUCAUUUUAUCCUGGAAGAGGAGGGGCGGACGAGGCUAUGUGUGACGCUGGAGGUGUCGCAUUAAGCAAGGAUACAGGUCCGGCUCCAGGUUAUGGUGAUGUCAUCGGAAAAGCAUGGCGCAUCGGCCGCACGUCUCAAGAACAUGGCAUCCUUGUUCGUACGGAAGGAGAUGGUGACUCGUCACUCAGAAUCGGUGAAGUGAUCGAGGUCAUAGGACAACACGCGUGUUAUAUCACGGCCGCAUAUCCAUGGUAUUACAUUACAGAUGGUGGCAGGGAAGUAGUGGAUGUAUGGGUGCCAUGGAAAGGCUGGUAG